AUGUCUUUGGUCGCACCUAGUUCCUUGAUGAAUUUAUCUUCUUCUUUGGCAUCUCUCAAACUCGUGUCAUGUAAGUUGCAAGGGAAAAUCCCAUAUAUGAGUCAUUUAUCUAAGUUGGCUUUGCUUGAUCUCUCUAAUAAUCAUCUGACGCUAGAAACAAUGACUUUUGAGAAGCUUGUUCAAAAUCUAUCCAAGUGGAGAGAAGUCAACUUGAAUGGUGUAAACAUGUCUUUAGUUGCACUUAGUUCCUUGAUGAAUUUGUCAUCUUCUUUGGCAUCUCUCAAACUCGAGUACUGUGGUCUGCAAGGAAAAAUCCUAGACAACGUAUUUCAACAACCAAACCUCCAAUUGCUCGAUUUAUUGGGAAAUGAAGGUCUCAAUGGUUCCUUACCUAGGCAUGAUUGGAAUAAUUCUCUCCAGUCCUUGUCUCUUUCUAGAACAAAGAUUCAAAUACAUUUAGAACAUGACUUUAUCAGUAAUUUAAAGUCUGUGGAAACUUUGGAUCUCAGUGCCUGCAACUUUGAAGGUUCAAAUUUGGAAUUGUUUGAUAAGUUGACCCAACUCAUUGAGUUGCGCCUCUCUCAUAAUAAUUUCAGUGGUCAAAUUCCAUCUUCACUUGAAAAUCUUAAGAAACUCUUGGAAUUAGACCUCUCUCAUAACAAUUUCAAUGGAAAAGUCCCUUCUACAAUAUGCAAGCUGAAAUCUCUCCAUAUUCUUGGCUUGUCAAGCAAUUGUUUGAAUGGCAUCAUCCCACAAUGUUUGGGAAAUUUUAGCAACGCCUUUUCGAUGUUGCAUUUGGGCAUGAACAAUUUCCAAGGAACCAUUCCUGAACCAUUUUCAGUGGGCUGCAGCUUGAGAUAUUUGAAUUUCAAUGGCAGUCAAUUGCGAAAGAGAGUCCCACUGUCCAUCUCCAAUUGUAAAAUUUUGGAAAUCUUAGAUCUUGGCAACAAUCGUAUAGAUGGCACAUGUCCUCAUUUUCUGGAAACUCUUCCUGAGUUGCAAGUUCUAGUGCUCCAAUCCAAUGAACUCCAUGGUAUGGUGAAAGGAUCCUCUACCAAUUACUCGUUCUCAAAGCUACAAAUUUUUGACCUCUCCAAUAACAUGCUUAGUGGGCCUUUACCUGCAGAGUAUUUCAAUAAUUUCAAAGCAAUGAUGAAUGUUGAUGUGAAAAUGAAAUACAUGGGUUCACCAAAUUAUAAUUAUGAUUAUUCAGCGAGUCUGACGCUCAAAGGAUUGAAGAUUGAAUUGGUGAAAAUUCAAACACUUCUCACAACCAUUGAUUUGUCAAGAAACAAACUAUGA